AUGUCCGCCCUUGCGGCUCCCGAUGCACUCCUUCAGAUUGAAUGGCAGCCGGUGCGCCUCCAGCUUGAUGCCACCGGGCAGAUACAGCUUGUCAAGAAGCCCAGGACCCCUCUACAGAUCUACAUUCCCGGCUGUGAGCCUGCCUGGCAGGAUACCGACGAAGUUUCCCUCCAAUAUCAGGCCCUCCUUCUUGUACAAGAGUGCCAGGCAGCACAGAAUGCUCUCAUGGUAGAAGCUCUAGAGUACACGAAGUUGGAGGUCAACCCUGUCCAAGAAGAACUCCGGAAAUAUGCGGAAAGAGAUAAACUGAAUGCCGAUGCUAUGGAGAUUGAGUGGACAAACCCGGCCACUCCACCAGACUUUGUUGCCGAGAUACAGAGAGCCCUUGAUGAAGGAAGGCUAGUGGUGGGUAGACCAGCAACACCGGCACUAAAUCCAGGCUCCAGGUCCUCUUCCAGGACAGCCACAAAAACAGUGCAGCGAAAGACCAGCCCUUUUGCAGCAUUCCCCGUUCGGUCCACUAGGAGAGUUGUCCCUAUUAUGCAGCCAGUAGUGGGAGCAUCUCCCUUACCUCCGAACCGAUUUAGUGGAGUACUUUUAUUCCUUCAAAGAGCCGGCCCACCCUUUGACUAUGAAGGAGAGCUCUACCCAGGUGCAGGCCGAGGACCUCCUAGCCCGCUAGCCAGGAACCCCGGAAGGUUCACCAUGUCUGAAGCCGCUCAAGGAGCAGCAACCUCACCAUUGGCCAGUAACCCGGCACCGGUAACACCUGUGGCCCCUCCUGCUGUGGCCGCUGCUCCCCAUCCAGCCAAUGCACAAGGUGGAAGCGGUGGAAACCAGAACCCUCCACCUGCCGCAGCCCGUGCUCCUGCUCCCGGAGAUCCGGACAGUUCUGACAGUUCAGACUCGGAACCAGAAGGUGAUGACAGAAGAGGCUGGCGGAGAUAUUUUAGGAAGAAGUUGGAGAAACAACAAAGGGAUUUGGCCCGAGAACCAAAGGCACCUCCACCCUCCAAAUUCCAAGGCAAAGCGGAGCAAUCGGAGACCUUUAUCCGCCAAUGUGAGAACGUGUUCUCUAUCGAAAGCCUAUCAUUCACCUCUGAGGAGGUUAAGAUCCGAUAUGCAGGCAACUUGAUGGAAGGAGAGGCGGCGAUCCGAUGGUAUGAGGCAUACCACAAUUCAAUUGAUCAAACCUCUGCUAACCAUCUUGCUGGAAUGCCGGUGAUGUUGGAUCAGAGAUGGAAGCGCUGGGAUUCCUUUGUGGAUGCUUUCAGGGCAGCCUUCGGUGAAACCAUCUCCAGAGAUGAUGCUGUAGCCCAUUGGAAUACUCUUACCCAUACGGCUCGAGGAGGAAUCGAUCUCGUCCUGAGUACUAUUAUUCAGCUGAUGUGGAAGACUGGCUAUGAGGGUCAGUUGGUGGAUGAUAAGAUCAAGAAUUCCCUCCUCCCGGACCUAGGCAUGAGUUGGGCUCUUUUUAAUCCCAAGCCAAAGUCCCUGAUGGAGCGCAUAGCUGCUCUAAGAGAGUUAGAGCACACUCAUGAGAGGUAUCAAGGGUUGGCAGCUGAGAAAGCACCCCCUCUGACCAAGAAAGACCCUCCUGCUGAGAAGGACUGGCAGCCUAAGAGGAAGAGAGAACCUGCAAGCUCAUCCGGACCUGAGAAGGCCCCCGGACCUAAGGACAAAGCGGUGGAACUGAAGUGUAUCCCGGGGGAUAUUCUAGAAGAAAGAAGGAAAGCAGAAGUAUGCUUGAAGUGCGGCAAGUCCAGACACAAAUGGACCGAUUGUUGGUCUAAGGAACGUACUGUUGUCCGAGUGGCAGCAGUGAGAGUACAAAAGGGGAAAAGAGGGAAUGGCAAGUCCAACUCUCAGAAGAAGGUUAAAGUGGCUGCUGUUGUAGCAGAAGAUCCACUUGUUGUACUCCUGGAGGUUACAGAAGAUUUUGUUUUUCAGCCUGAGCAAGACUCGGACAAUGAAAUCAUCUGGUAG